AUGGUUGGUAUGGGUGAACAAGACUAUCUACUUGAUGUCGACCGUUGCCAGUUCGGUACCGUCGUUCGCCACCACCUCUGGUGUUGUAUAUUUCCCACGCGAUGGAUAUCUCAAUUCGAUGCCGCUAAGCAAUGCACUGAGCUCGGAACGCACCGUCAUCAAAGAGGUGCCAAUUGCACAGUCAGAGUCGGUGUCGUUGGAGUGGCCACCUGGAAGUUGCUGGAGAAGGGCAGUGCCAUUGACAUUGCAUGGAGUGGAAAAGGCGGUAAGGACUGCGGUGCAGAGCGAUUCGGUAAGUUGGAGCGUAUCUUUGACGUCGUCGACCCAGUCAAAAAGAAAAAGUUGACACUCGGCGUUUUGACCACCAAAAAGAAGAAAGAAGAGGAAACCAGCUCAAAGAUCCUCUUGAAAACCAAAGAGUUUGCAAAUCCCCAGGUUGCACAAGAGUUACUGUUGCACACGAACGACGAUCGUCUCACCAGUGGACUGCUCAUGGGUGUCUAUACACACCAAGACAACUCCUCGUCGACCGGUGGCAGUUCCUCAAGUCAAUCUACCAACACCGGCAGCAGCAAUCUCCUACAGGAACCACCAAUUCAAAUCACAGGUGAAGAGAAUGAAUCAAAAACAUUCCAACUUUAUGAUUGGUGGUCAUUACAACCAAUUGGAGAAUCAUUACCACCUCCAUUAAAAGUAUAUUGGGAACCAAAUCAAAACUAUUGUAUCUUUGUUUAUUCACAAUAUUUCUGUCUAUUUAAAAUCCGUCCAACCAUACAUAUGUUGUGUAGAUGGCCAUUCACACUUACCUCUGCACUCUGGCAUAAUAAUACUUUGUUCUUUACAACUCCAAAUGAUAUUCAAUGUUUAUUCCCAAAUAAUCAUGAAAGUGCACCAUUGAUUUUAUCUUCAUCGUCUGGUACUGUUUUCCCUGAGGAUCUUUAUGAGGAACUCGCUGAAAGAGCAUUCAAAAUUGCAACAACAUUAGAACCACAUUCUGCAUAUCAAGAAUUAGCAUUACAUUAUAUUCAUUACAAGAAAAUUGCAGAGCUCAAAGAAUUACAACAAUCCAUUCAACAUUUAUAUCCUCUAGAGUGUGGACUCAUUUCACUUUUGAUUGAAUAA